AUGAGGUUUUUUCCAGUACUCGCGUUAUGUGUGGUAACGUCAGCCCACAAAAUUACACAGUUAAAAGUACCGCUGUACGCAGAUCCUAGACGAGCAGCCGAACUGAGUUGUCACUUCGAAAUGGAUGAUCAAAAACUUCACUCAGUGAAAUGGUACAGGGAUACUCACGAAAUAUUUCGCUAUAAUCCAUCGCAAAAGCCACCGAUACGUUUGUUCAAUGUUACGGGCAUCAUGGUUCAAGGCGGGGUUUGUCAGAUUGACUCAUGUCUGGUGAGAGUGAUGCCCCCACCGCUUGCAACAAGGGCUGCAUAUACAUGUGAGGUAUCGACAGAGGGCCCCAAAUUCCAAAUAGCAAGAAAGACCAAGCACAUGACUGUUGUUGCUAUGCCGGAAAAUGAUCCUGUUAUAAUUGGAGCACCAAAACUAGUGAAGCCCGGGGAGCAAUUACUGCUAAAUUGCACAUCGGACUAUUCCCUUCCGCCAUCCGACAUUAAUUGGUACAUUGACAAUGAACUGCAAAAGCCCGAAGUCUGGCAGCGUACGGAAUUAAGUGCCCCGGAGUUCGGCGGUUUGCGGGCUUCCUGGAGAGUUUUGCGAGUUGCGGUCCCGUCGGCUGCUAGUGGGGCUUUGCGUGUGCGUUGCGAAGCGACGCUGAUGGUUGAGCCGCCUGUGGUACGCGAUGCGGCAUCAAUCAUCACCAUCCAUUCGCUUACGCAGCUGUCGAAAUACGUUUCGAAUUUAGGUGUUGCUUCUGUUUGCAAUAAAUAUCUGUGGAUUGUGUUAUUUGUAAGUAAUCGCCUACUUGUAAAUAAUAUGACAAGCAGAUUA